GCGAAAGAUUCUCAUUGAAUUAUGUAAUGGCAGAAACUAAAAUUCUUACAUGGGAUAAACUUGGUGCGGUGUGUGUGUGUGUGUGUGUGUGUGUGUGUGCGUGUGUGUCUGUGUGUGGUAAUGCGGCCUAGGACAGCCCCACUGAGAUGCAAUGCGCGGAGUGAAAGUACACUGGCAAACACCACGCGUGGUGGUGACUACUGGCUAAACUUGAGGCUAACGUUUUAUUUACCUGGUACAACACGCCGGAGGCUUCCGAGGGGAUCAUUUGGUCAAAGAACGCGGUAAUCCACGGGCAAGGAACAACGCGGCGACGCCAUGCAGCUCCAGAUAUUGAUAAUUGGUGGGCUUUUGCCCUUUUGGGCGGCGGGCCAAGCCCAGAAGUUCGAGGACAACUUCGCAAAUUGCAGAGUAGGGCAGGCGGGUUUCGACGCGUGUGUAAGAGAAGGUUUGAACGCGGUGAGGCCCUUCUUCAAGACUGGACUUCCUCAGUACAACGUCGCGCCCUUCGAUCCCUUCUUUGCCCAGGAAGUCACAGCCAGCAGAGGUGUCCCGGCCCUUGGAUUCACCCUAACCCUCAGGAACGUCACCGAAACCGGUUGGUCGGCUAGCAAAGUCACGCGAUUCGUUAGCGAUUUGUCCAACUACAGGGUUCAAUACACGCAAAGUUUUCCCGAAAAAUACUUGGCCGGUGAUUACGAGUUCAAGGCCCAGAUUUUUAACACUAAAAUAGCCAACAAAGGGAAGUUUACGCUGACGUUGUACGACCUGGUGCAGACGACGAUGAUCACCAGAAAGCCGAAUUCUAAGCUAACGGCGAGCAUCGACGUCGAGAAGAUAAGCAAUCUCGAGCUCCACAUCACGAACCUGUUGCAAGGACGGCAAUUGAUCGAAACGGUCCUCGACAGGAUUAUAAACACGAUGUGGCAACCAGGCUUUGUGGUGACCAGAGGUCUGAUAAACGAGUUGGUAUCCACCGCUUUUACGGAGAUCUUCGGCAAGGCCUUCCAAGAUUUCCCGUUCGAAAAACUUUUCAAGUCAAAAUCGAAAGACGUUUGAAGUUUGAAAUUUCCUGUCCAACAGGUCAAAGGUUUUUAAUUGAAGAGGAGAAUUUAAAAAGGCUGUGCCAUUUUUCUUUUGUCUAGAAAAUAUCUACGAGCCGAAGCCAAUGCCUUCGGAGGAGAAAAAUUAUUUUCAAAAUAAUAAUGGCACUCACAGCUUUUUUUUAAUUCACCUUUUCAAUUGUGAAUAACGCGCGUAUCUGUAAAUAUAAUAUCUGUUAAAAAAUCAAACACCGUGCGACAACUCGUGAAUGUCAACGGUUUUUCUUAAUUGUUGAAAUAUUAAUCGCUGUAAAACGCACAGAGAGCAUUGCUUUAGAGACUCUUCAACGAUUCAACGAUGUGCUACUUCACAUCAUACCCUCUUUAAAUAGUAUCGUGUAAUUGUAAUUGUAAAUUGUAGCUAUGUAAGUAUCGCUUUUUGUCGCAGGCUCAUUUUAAGAAUCGAUAAUCGAUAUAAACUCAGAUAAACAAUAUAAUUAUUUGUAACUGUAGUCCGUUGAUUGUUUAAGUGACUGCAGUUUCAUGCAAAAGGUGUUGUGACAUUAGUUCAGUGAGAUCAAGAAAAACUGUUUGAAUCCCCGUAAAAUUAUAGAAAAAAGAGAAACGUUAUAAAUCUGAGUCGAGGAGUUCAGCAGACCUAAUUAGCUAUUUUACGAACUACGGUUGCGAACUAAAUUUGCGAUUCCAUCUUCUUUCCUACUUGAAAGCAUCGAGAAAAUCAGUGUUUAACGUAAACAACAACGUAUUAAUUUUUACUUUAUUACCCGACAUAAUACAUAUAUCGUGUUCAUUGUUCGUAAUUUUUCGCAUUCCUUUACGUACACUUUUCCUGUAAUUACUGCCUUCUUUUGAGUAAUACCUCCAAAUUUCUGUGUUGAAUUGUUACUAUAUUAUUUUGUACGAUAACUGUAUAAAAGAUUGGGAGAAAUAUAAUCUAAGGUUUUGUCUA